CUGCACCUCCUCUCCAGCACUGCUGCUGUCUGUGCAGGGAGCUGGCUAGGGAAACUCUGGGCAGACUUGGCGGGUAUCUGCCCGGCUGUGCAAUAAAGAAAUAGUGCAGUCGCUUUCAUGCAGCUCUAGGGUGCUGGAUGCCGUGUAGAGGAGGAGGAGGAGGAGGGUGUUUGCCGGUAUCGAGGUGGUAGUAGGAGAGACACGUGGUUUUGCUUGGCUGUGUGUUCCAGCAGCACGGAACAAGGAAAUGCGGUGGCCUUGGCCUCCCUUGGUUUCACACUUUGAUUUCCCAGCUCCAGUAGUUAGUCACAUGAAAUAGCAGGUUUUCGUUUACCUCAGAGUGAUGAUCCAAACAGUAAUGCUCUUAAAGUAACACACAUUAUCUGUCCACAAGUGGCUGUUUGGUCACCAGUAGGUGAAGAUAGUUUUCGAGAACUUCAUUGCGAUAAGGAGGGUAAGGUGUGCAUAUGUCAAUAUGGUGCCACAUCCCUCUCCAAGCACAAGUGACAUUUUUUAUAGAUGCAGUAGCUGUUUACAGGUAUGCUUUGCUAGAUCCUAUCAAUGAAAAGUAACUGGGUGGGAAUGUCUUGCCUGCCUCAACAAACCUGUCAACAGCCACCUAGCAACUGUGUUGUGCCAAAGCCUACUGCAACCAUCCAUUGUGUAAGCAGGAGAACUGCCAGGUGUGUGGCAUUUUGUCAUACCAAAAAUACGCUGUUGCUUAUGUUAACUUGAUAUUCUGAUGCCUGUUCUGUUUGGUUAAACAGAUGAGUUGCAAAAAGCUUAAUGACAGUUCUAUUCUGAUGCUUGGUAAUAUAAUGCUACUUCUUUAAAAUCUACUUUGUAAAAGAAGUUUAGUUGACUGGUUCAAGUCCACCUUGUUUUUUUCCUGUUGAAGUGUAUUUUUAGUUUUAGUAUCAGUAAUCUUUGGUAGUAAUUCUUAAGAUUUCAGGAAAGUCACUGGUGUAAAAAUGCAUCUGGAUCCAGAAAUUGCGGGGGCUGUUGAUUGUUGCUGCCUUGCCUUAGGUAUCACAAAUAUUAUGAGGAGUAUGGCUCUCUUUGUUUGUAUUUUGUAUUCCUUUUUCUGACUUGGUUAGGAUACAGCCUUUUUAGAAAGUGGUGGUUUUUUCCACUCUUAAGAUGUGUAUUAUAGAGUGUAUUAUUGUUCAAUUUGUGUGGAAUCUUAACAUUGGUGAACAUUGGUUUCAUGGUGAACAAUACAAUGAGUUACUUAUUUGUGUUGUUCUGCACUUACUUGUUCAAGGAUUUGUGAAAGAAGUUCUGAAAGUCAGAUUUCAGAAGUUACACUUUUCUUAAUGAGCAGGGCUAAAGUGAGGCACAGUUUCUAGUUGUGUAUCAAUGCAACACCCAUGAGUGUGCAAGAAACAGUAUGUCCCCAGAGCUGUCUGUUGUGCUUCUGAAGAAGAUACAGAAGACAGAUGAAAAAUCACCCUGUCUUGAGAGUGAGGCCAAUAUUUGCAUAGUUCUGGCUUAAUUUUGGAAUUUGCCAUCCAAGGAUUAUCUUCCCAGGGUGUGACGAUAUUUAUUACCUGUUUGCAUUCAAUGGGGCAACGAAUUCACUUUGUGGUUGACCCUCAGGGUUGGUGCUGCAUGAGCCUAAUUAUCUUCGUGUGGCUGUACAAUACAAUCUUCAUUCCAAAGGUCAUCCUUUUUCCUCAUUAUGAAGAGGGAAAUAUUUCAGUUGUGGCAGUUUUGUGUUAUUACUUCUGCUCAUUGUUUUGUAUAGCUUCAUUAUUUAGAGCCUCAGUCGCAGAUCCAGGAAAACUACCUGAAAAUCCAAAGAUACCAAUUACAGAACGAGAACAUUGGGAGUUAUGUAACAAAUGCAAUAUGAUGAGACCAAAGCGUUCACACCAUUGCAGUCGCUGUGGACAUUGUGUGAGGAGGAUGGAUCACCACUGUCCAUGGAUUAAUAAUUGUGUUGGUGAAGACAAUCACUGGCUGUUUUUACAGCUGUGUUUCUACACCCAGAUCCUUAGUUCCUAUACGCUGAUACUUGACUUCUGCCAUUACUACUACUUUUUGCCUCUGAAAAAAGAAAACUGGGAUGUGUUUGUAUUUAGACAUGAACUUGCUCUCCUAAGAAUAUCUGCCUUCAUGGGUCUAAUAAUACUAGGUGGAAUAAGUCGACUCUUUUACGUUCAGCUAAUGGGUAUUUUCACUGACACUACAAGUAUAGAAAAAAUGUCACACUGUUGCGAAGACAUAUCGAGGCCCCGAAAGCCAUGGCAGCAGACCUUCUCAGAAGUUUUUGGCACUCGUUGGAAGAUCCUGUGGUUUAUUCCUUUCAGGCAGAGGCGACCACUGCGAGUUCCCUACCACUUUGCCAAUCAUGUUUAAACAGAUGGAUGCUGGGCACAGAUGGGUCCUCCAUGCUGGAAGUGCAUUACAGGUUUUAUGAUAAUAGGACUAUGACAGUCUUUAAGUCAAUUAAAAUCCAGUUGUAGGUAUCACAGUGUGACCUGGGCAUUAUUUUAGUUAUGGUCUUGAUUCUAUUCUGAAAUUAGUACAAGUUAAACAACUAAACUUCAGGCUUAUUUACUUUAAAAUUAGCUUUCCAAAGAGAUUCCUUUUGUCCUUGAGAUUAAUACCAAAAGCAAACAACUGGAAUGUAGUCUUCAUCCAGUUUGAUACUGCCUCUUUUUUUUUGUUUACCUUUUUUUUCCUUUUUCUUUCUUUUUUAUUUUUGGUGUAGGAAGCACUGAAGUUUACAUUGAUGGUUAGAUUUCUCACUAAGUGUCUUUUUCUGCCUUGAAUUUUAAUUUUUUUUCAAGAUUCUUAUCAAUAGGUCUAGCUAGAUAAUAAUAAUAAUAAUGUCUGUUUUUUCCUGCAACAUAUGUUUAAAAUUCCAUGAUUCUGCCAGUAAUAUAUGAUACAUAGAAGUAAUCCUGCAGCACUGCACUAUUAAAGAUUACAUUUAAAGCUGAAGCAGAGUACUUCCUAAACCUUUCUCGGAGAGGUUUUGUAAAGGCACACAAAUGUGUGUUUACAUAGAGAACAAUUUAUGGUUUACGGUUACUUUCUGGCCUAGAUAUGUAAUGAGAAGUGUUCAUGUCUUUAUGUCAGUGAGAGGGACGAAAUAUUUCAGGGUAAACUAUGCAGAUACAAAGCAUGUUUUCCCUAAAUACCAAGGAUUUGAAUCAGCAAUAAUCAACAAAGAAGUUGCUUGGUGCAAAUACUAGAAUGAUUACUUUUAAAAAUGACAGAGGUAGUUAGUUAUCAUAAUGUACCAUAAAGAAGAGUAUAUUGUCAAUAAAGUUAAAAAUUUUA